UGUCUCUAUACACCAUUGAGUACUAGAUACAGACACGCCUUUCGAACUAAGUCAUUUUGCGCUAAUAAAGCCGAAAGCGCAUAUGAUGGUAGGAGCCCCUCAGCACGUCGUCAGCUACGAGCUUGCCGUGUGGCAUUAGAGUACUUAACAAAGUAUAUUGAAAUGCCACAUUAAGAUGCUGCAUUUGUCUUUCUAAGUUGUGAAGCAGAACCAAUGUUACAUGCGAGUCCGAAAGAGCAAUGCCCAGCACCUGUGCGGCUCCGUCGCGUUGGUCUUUAGUAACGACCCGUACUAAUGAGCAGCACAAGCAUCUCAAGCUAGAACGGGCCUCACAUACAGCGACUGUUGUGGAUGGCUCCAUCUACGUAGUGGCAGGGCGUAAGGGCAACACCUUCUACGCCGACGUGCUCCGCCUCGACCUCUCCACCCUCUCCUGGUCGCUGCUCUUCGCGUCCAUCCCCAACAGCUUCCGCCCUCGCGCCAACCACACCGCAACGCUGGUGGGCGGCAGGCAGCUGUGGCUGGUGGCGGGCAGCGACCAGCAGGCGGUGCUGGACGAUGUGCACGUGCUGGACAUCCCCUCGCUCACCUGGAGCAAGCCGCGGCUCAGGGGCGAGACCUCCCUGCUGCUCCGCACCGCCCACGCCGCCGACCUCCACCCAACCGACCCAACCGCCAUCCUCGUCUUCGGCGGCUACGGCGCCAACGCCGCCUUCCACAACGACCUGUACGUCAUUCGUACGACAGCGCUGUCGGUGGAGCGGCUCGCCACGUUCGGCGGCCUGCCGCCUCCCUCGCCUCGCGGCUACCACAGCUGCACCACGCUGGGGAGCAGGUGUUACGUGUACGGCGGGCGCACGGAGGAGGGGGUGGUGGAGGCGGACCAGCAGCUGGCGGUGUUUGACGGUGCCGCGGGCAGCUGGGUGGCGCCCAGGGUGCUGCCGGCGGGGACAGCGGCAGGCGGGGGAGGCGGGGGUGACGGGGGCGGUGGCAGCAGCGGCUGGCCGCCUGCUAGGUCCAGCCAUCGGGCUGUAGCACUGGGGGACAGGCUGCUGAUACACGGCGGCGCUGCUGCCGGCUCGCAGUCCAGCCGUCUGGCGGACGUGCACUCGCUGCACGUGUGCCCCCGGUCCGGCACCCUCAGCUGGAGCAGGCGGGACGAGCCGCCACAGCCCAUCGUGGCACCGGCGGGGGAAGGCAUGGAGGGGGGCAGGCCGCAGGGUCGCGCCGCCCACAGCGUGAGUCUGGUGGGGCGCGACCGGCUGUACGUCAUAUCGGGCUACGUGGGGGCGCACCUGGGGCCGCACAGGUACUCCUCCGACGUCUUCCUGCUGCACCUGGGCACCCCCGCCGCGGAGCCGCCACCCGCACCCGCCCUCAUGCCGCCUCGCUCCCCACCGCACCAGCAGCACCAGCCACAUCACCAGCCACAUCAUCCGGAGCCGCCACAACAACAGCAGCAGCAGCAGCAACGCAGGAAGAAGCCCUCUCCGCAACCCUCCCCUGCCGCCCGCAGCCCGCAGCGUCCUUUUCCUCCACCUCCGUCACCCCAGCAUCAGCCUUCGCAACGCUCGGACGCCGCCGCCGCCGUCGUCACCCCUACUCGGCUGGGAGCCACACGACGCCUGUCGGGUGGGGCUGCUGCUGCGGGUGCGGGUGCGGGAGCUGUAGCCGACAACACCGCUGCGCCGGUGGUCGCGGCGGGGACUCCGCCCAGGCUGCAGGAGCAGGCGGCCACUCGCGGGUGUCGUACACCUGCUGAUGCUUGCGGUGGCGGUGGCGGCGGCCGGUGUCGUACACCUCCGCAUGGAGCCGCUGCUGCUGCUGCUGCUGGUGCUCUUGGCGGGGGUGGUGGUGGAGAUGAAGACCCAAUAGAUCUUACCAUGGACAACGCGGCGCCAUCACCCGUCGAGACGGCAGCGGCGGCGGCGGCAGCGGCGGCAGCGGCGGCAGCGGCGGCAGCGGCGGCAGCGGUGGGUCCCUCCACACGGAGAACGCCACCAAGGGAGCAGGGGGCCGGCGGAGGCGAGGGCGGGGAGAUUGUUGCAGCGGCGGCGGCGGCUGGCCCGUCGGAAGGGACAUGGUUGGGCAUCUCCCGACGACCACUCACGAAGGGCGGCGUUGUCGUACCGCCGCCGCAAGAGCGUCAGCAGCCACAGCGUCAGCAGCCACAGCGCCAGCAGCAGCAGCAGCCGCAUGACCAGACGGCCGCGGCAGCAGCAGGAGCUGCGGGGAAGUCCCUGACAGCAGCAGGAGGAGGUGGUCGCGCUGCUAAGCGACAGGCAACUGACGCUGCCGUGGCGGCGGCAGCGGCGGCGGCGACGGCGCAGCCGCUGCAGAACCCAGCACGUGGCAGGCUACAGCUCCAAGAACAACACCCGCUGGCGCUUCCGCCGCCGCCGUCAGCGGCAGCGGCGGCGGCGCCGACACAUACCGCCGCCGCUAAUGCCUCCGCCGCUGCCGGCGGUGGUAAUGGCGGCAGCGUACCACGAACACUGCAGCCGGUCUUCGUCACGGGGCCAGGACAAGUUACGACCCGGCAGCAGCAACAUCCUCAGCAGCAGCAACAUCCUCAGCAGCAGCAGCAGGUAGAGGUGUACGGCUUGCCCGAGCCUCCGAACCCCGCGGCUGCGACCAUCGCCGCCGCCGCCACGGCGGCCGCGACGGCGGCGAUAGCAGCGGCUGCGGCUGGGGAGUUGGGUCCCGGCGGAGGUGCUUGCAAUGGCGGAGGCGGAGGCGGGCUUCACAUCUGUCGGCCACCGUCGCCGGGGCAUUGCGGAAUCUCGGGGGCAACCUCGCAAGAAACACUGUUGGCGUUGUUCCAGCGGCUGCAGGACGACAACGCGUCGCUGCGGCGGGAGCUGGGGGCGGCGCAGGAGGAGGCGCGGCGGAGCCAGCAGCAGAUGCAGGCUCAGCUGUCCCAGCAGCGGCGCACGGAGGAGGAGCUGGCCACACUGCGCCGCAGCUGCGAGAUGACGCAGACGGCGCUGCGGAGCGCUAACAAGGAGCUGGAGGAGGCGAGGGACCAGCGGCACCGCGAGCAGGCGGCUGUACGACAGCAGCUAUCCACGCUGCAACAGCAAUGUACGACAGCGGCUCAGCUAGCGGCGGAACGAGACGGCGCGCUGCAGGCCGAGCGGGCGGCGCGGAAUGCGGCGGCGGCGCAGGCGGCUGAGGAGCGUCAGUGCUGGCAGGAGCGCGUCAACUCGCUGGAGGCAGCUGCCGCCCGUGCCCAGGCGGACCACGCGGCGGCGCUGCGGGAGGCUGCCGAGCGGUGUCGCGAGGAGGUGGCGGCGGUGGGGAAGCGGCUGCAGCAGCGGGAGGAGGAGGCGGAGGGGCUGCGGGAGCAGCUGAGGGUGGCGGCGGCACGCAAUCAGGAGCAGCAAGAGGCUCUGUCUCGCGGCCAGGAGGACAGGCAGCGGUUGGAGCGGACGGUGGGGGAGGCGCGGGAGCAGCUGCAGCGGCAGGUGCGGCAGGCGGACGAGGCGGCGGCGGCGGCGAGCAGGCAGCGGGAGGCACUGACGGGGCAGCUGGCGGAGGCCAAUAGCAGAAUCGCCAACCUGGAGUCCGAGCUGCGCCGCCUCAGGGACGACCUAGCGCACCGGGAAGCCCAGCACGCCGCGCUGCUCAAGUCCCACACCGACCUGGCCGCGGAGGCCGCCGCCGCGCGCGACACGCUGCGCAGCGCCCAGCAGCGUCUGGAGCUGUCGCGGCAGCAGGCGGCGGUGCUGCUGUCGCACGUGCAGAGCAUUGCGGGCAGCGCGCAGACGGCGGCGGCGGUGGCGCAGGCGAUGCAGGCGGGCAGCGGCGGAGGUACGUGAUUCGUGAGAGGGCGGGCUGGUGACAAAUGUCGUUAAGAGGGCGGUUGGAGAUAUUUUGUGAGUCGCGUGUGAGGGCGUGCGCGUGAGGAGCUGUGCGGAGGUUGGUGGUGGUGAUGGGCUGUGGUUAAGGGGGUUAGUAUCGAUGGUAGCAUCCUAGCUGGGGUGUGGUUGGCUGGUGGUGUAAUGUGCGUGGUGUUGUUGGUGGGGUAAAUAGCGAGGGAAAGGGGCUGCUUCCUUCCGUACAUGGGGUGCUGGGAGUGGCGACUGGAGGCAAGGCCGUGUUCCUGCCGUAGCCGGCGGAGCGGAGGGAUAAAGACGCGAGGUGUUGGGUGGCAGGCCCAUCUGUAGCCUGACCUCCAAGCAUUGCUGGAUGUGGAGUCAGCGCACGUGCAUGUGCUAAUGGCAUGUACAUGCAGCAGGAGAGAGCUAUCGAGACGUACCACUUUUGAAACAUGUAACAUAGUCCGAGC